UCACACUGUCACCUCUUUCCUCUCUCUCUCUCUCUCUCUCACACACAGAGAAGGCCGAAAGAGGAAGAGAGAAAAUGGUAGCACCUGUCAUGUCCUCACUCGAAACCCUAGAAUAGUAGAACCCAAUCCCACUCUCUUUUUCAAAUCCAUAAAUACCCCUCUCACACUCUAAAAUCCUUCUUUCAUAAACCCAAGAACAGAACCGAACCAAACCAAACCAAAACGAAACGAAACACUUUCUCUCUCCGAUUCUUCUGCGUCCAAUCAGGUUCCAUUCCUUCCUUCGCACCGAAGCUCCAAUUGCAGCUCACUGCACUAUAUGCUUCCAACGAAGAGACCUAGCGAAGGAGUGGUUGCACGAGAAGAGACCAAAGACAACAACAGAAAAAGUUUCGCCAAGAAGAAUCGGAUCGUCGCCGGAACUCUCGAUUCCACGGUGAAGGACGAAGAAAACAGCGACCGGAGUUUCAACAGCAGCAACAACAACAACAAUAACAACUCGCGUGAGGGAGCCUCGGCUAUGGCUUUGGGCGACUCGAACCCGCCGGACAUCGAUGAGGAUCUCCACAGCCGCCAGCUUGCCGUCUAUGGGCGAGAGACCAUGAGGAGGCUCUUUGCCUCCAACGUUCUCGUCUCCGGGAUGCAGGGUCUUGGCGUUGAGAUUGCAAAGAAUCUCAUUUUAGCUGGUGUCAAAUCUGUGACCUUGCAUGAUGAGGGGACUGUGGAGCUGUGGGAUCUCUCAAGUAACUUUGUGUUUUCAGAGAACGAUAUUGGCAAAAACCGGGCAGCAGCUUCUGUUAGUAAGCUGCAGGAGCUCAACAAUGCAGUGAUCGUACAAAGCUUGACUACUCAGCUGACGAAAGAGCACCUUUCCAAUUUCCAAGCUAUUGUUUUUACUGAUAUCAGUCUUGAGAAAGCCUUUGAGUUCAAUGAUUACUGUCACAGUCAUCAGCCUCCUAUUGCCUUUAUUAAAACUGAAGUUAGAGGCCUUUUUGGUUCCGUAUUCUGUGAUUUUGGGCCUGAGUUUACUGUUUUUGAUGUGGAUGGAGAAGAACCCCAUACUGGCAUAAUUGCAUCUGUAACCAAUGACAAUCCGGCUCUAGUUUCCUGUGUUGAUGAUGAGAGGCUUGAGUUUCAGGAUGGUGAUCUUGUUGUAUUCUCUGAAAUUCAUGGUAUGAAAGAAUUGAAUGAUGGAAAGCCAAGAAAGAUUAAAAAUGCUAGAGCAUUUUCGUUUAAUCUUGAAGAAGACACUACCAAUUAUGGUAUGUAUGAGAAAGGUGGUAUUGUUACUCAGGUUAAACAACCAAAGAUAUUGAACUUUAAGCCUCUCAGGGAAGCACUCAGCGAUCCUGGUGAUUUUCUUCUGAGUGAUUUUUCUAAGUUUGAUCGCCCACCUCUCCUUCACUUAGCAUUCCAGGCUUUGGAUAAAUUCAUUUCUGAGUUAGGUCGCUUCCCUAUUGCUGGUUCAGAGGAUGAUGCACAAAAGCUUAUAUCUGUUGCCAGUAAUAUCAAUGACAGUUUAGGGGAUGGGAAAUUAGAAGACAUCAAUCCAAAACUUUUGCGGUACUUUGCCUUUGGUGCUAGGGCAGUAUUAAAUCCUAUGGCUGCCAUGUUUGGUGGAAUUGUUGGACAAGAGGUUGUCAAAGCAUGUUCCGGGAAGUUUCAUCCACUUCUUCAGUUUUUCUACUUUGACUCUGUGGAAUCACUCCCUUCAGAACCAGUGGAUCCAAAUGAUUUCAAACCCGUAAAUGGUCGUUAUGAUGCACAGAUUUCAGUAUUUGGACAGAAAUUACAGAAGAAAUUGGAGGAUGCUAAAGUGUUUGCUGUUGGAUCUGGUGCUUUGGGAUGUGAAUUUUUAAAAAAUCUUGCUCUCAUGGGAGUUUCUUGUGGAAGUCAGGGUAAGCUCACUAUUACUGAUGAUGAUGUGAUAGAGAAGAGUAACCUGAGCAGGCAGUUCCUCUUCCGUGAUUGGAAUAUUGGACAGGCCAAGUCCACAGUUGCUGCUUCAGCUGCUGCAUCCAUAAAUCCUAGCUUUAAUAUUGAAGCACUACAAAAUCGAGUUGGCAGUGAAACUGAAAAUGUGUUUAAUGAUACCUUCUGGGAAAACUUGAGUGUUGUGAUAAAUGCACUAGACAAUGUUAAUGCAAGGCUAUAUGUUGAUCAGAGAUGCUUGUAUUUCCAAAAGCCUCUUCUUGAGUCUGGAACUCUUGGAGCCAAGUGCAAUACCCAGAUGGUCAUUCCCCACCUGACAGAAAACUAUGGUGCAUCAAGAGAUCCUCCUGAGAAACAGGCACCAAUGUGUACUGUGCACUCAUUUCCGCACAACAUUGACCAUUGCUUGACAUGGGCACGAUCUGAGUUUGAGGGCUUGCUUGAGAAAACUCCAGCUGAAGUAAAUGCAUACUUGUCUAACCCAAGUGAAUAUACUAAUGCAAUGAGAAAUGCUGGUGAUGCUCAAGCAAGGGAUAACUUGGAGCGUGUUCUUGAGUGCCUGGAACGGGAGAAGUGUGAAACUUUUGAAGAUUGUAUCACUUGGGCUCGGCUGAAGUAUGUACCUUUGAUAGUAUAUUCUGUCUGUUUUCUUAUAUCAAUGUUGUGUAAGCAUGCUAGUUUUUAUGUCCUUUAUUAUUUACAGUUAUUUUUCUACAGGUUUGAGGAUUAUUUUGCUAACCGGGUGAAGCAGUUGAUCUAUACUUUUCCUGAAGAUGCUGCCACUAGUACUGGAGCUCCUUUCUGGUCUGCACCAAAAAGAUUCCCUCAUCCACUACAGUUCUCAGCCUCUGAUUUGGGUCAUCUAAAUUUUUUGUUGGCAGCUUCUAUUUUAAGGGCAGAAACAUUUGGUAUCCCAAUCCCUGACUGGGGUAAGAACCCAAAGAAGGUGGCUGAAGCUGUUGAUAGGGCAAUAGUACCCGACUUCCAGCCUAAGAAAAAUGUAAAAAUAGUGACAGAUGAGAAGGCCACCAGUCUCUCUACAGCUUCUAUAGAUGAUGCAGCAGUAAUUAAUGAUCUAAUUCUCAAGUUAGAGAGGUGCCGGGCAAAUCUGCCACCAGAGUUCAGGAUGAAACCAAUUCAGUUUGAGAAGGAUGACGAUACAAACUACCAUAUGGAUGUGAUUGCCGGGCUUGCAAAUAUGAGGGCACGGAAUUACAGCAUUCCCGAGGUUGACAAGCUUAAAGCCAAAUUUAUUGCUGGACGGAUCAUUCCUGCAAUUGCAACCUCAACUGCGAUGGCCACUGGUCUUGUCUGCCUGGAGCUCUACAAAGUUUUGGAUGGAGGGCACAAAGUUGAAGACUACCGAAACACAUUUGCUAACUUGGCACUGCCUCUGUUUUCAAUGGCCGAACCUGUUCCUCCAAAGGUUAUCAAACAUCAAGAUAUGAGUUGGACAGUUUGGGAUCGAUGGAUUCUUAGCGACAAUCCUACCCUGAGGGAACUUCUGGAGUGGCUGAAGGGAAAGGGCCUGAAUGCUUACAGUAUUUCUUGUGGAAGUUGCCUGCUCUAUAAUAGCAUGUUCCCUAGGCAUAAAGACCGAAUGGACAAAAAAGUUGUGGAUCUGGCUAGGGAAGUAGCAAAGUUGGACAUUCCUUCAUACCGUCGUCAUUUGGACGUUGUUGUGGCAUGUGAGGAUGAUGAUGAUAAUGAUAUCGACAUCCCUCAAGUAUCCAUUUAUUUCCGUUAGAUGGUUGCUUUCAUCUUGAUAGAGGUGUGUGCUUGAGACAUUGGUGUAAACGACUCUCACGCUUCAUAUUCAUAAUUGAUACACAGGCAACAUUGUUAACUAUGUCAAAUUUCAUAUAUGAAUUGAAAAAAACAACCUUUCCUUCCUCGUCUUAUCUUUCA